CGCGAGACGUUAAGUAGUGUAGUAUUGUUAACGGAAAACUGUGCGACUGUAAUUUUGAGAAUAAAGAGAAAAGUAGUGUAAAGAAAUAUCAAGUGUUAUUGAACAAAUUUAUAUUGUACUAAAAUUAAAAUGUUUUAAAAAGGAAAAUUUUGCUACCGUUAAUUUAGUUGAAGCAAAAUUAGAAUCCAAGUGGAAAUUAACUAUUAAGAAGUUUGUAAAAGCGACCAAUUUAAAGUCGCACUGACUAAGUAAAAAAGAAGAAGCAGCUACGGGCAGACAAAUGAAGCUGUUCAUGUGCCGUUGAGUGCGCUUUGUAUGUGUAUAUACAUAUGUAUGCGUGUUUGCUUAUGGAGUGAAAUAUCUAUAUUUUUGAGUGCCGUGGCCGUCGCUGCAGCAGCCGUCGAGGUCGGUUUGCUUGUCGCACUGUCGUUUGUCAACGCUGCUAACUUACACCGCGUUGUACGGUAAUAAAUACAUAUGCGCGUGUAUAUACAAGAUAUAUAUUGUGCUGAUAAUUUUUUUCGGAUUGUUUCAAAUACCACUGUCACGUUUUUCGGCAGCAGGCAUAUCUGCUUCUGACGUUUUGCUUGCUGAAUUGCGUAUCUGUGUGUGCACUCGCUGUGCUUGGUAUUUGUGUUUAAUGUGGCGCGAGUAAUAAAGCGGAGUAAGCAAUAAAAGUGUGCCCACAACAUAGCAGUGAAAAAGGAGUUGAAAAAGUUUAAAGUGCAUUAAUGCUGAUGUUAUAUUCAGUAAAUCUGAACGUAAAGCCGGAAAGUUAAAUGAGACCAAAACAUACACAUCCUCAUGCUUGUGCCGUAUUAUAAAACACUUUUAAUUUUUAAUCUAAAUUAUUUGUUGAAGCAAGAAGAAGAAAAGAAAAAUUAACAACAAAGUUCAAAGUGCUUAUGUGAAAGUUUGUAAAUGAAGUUUUGAAUUAACAACGUGAAAAUGUGUAUUCGAAUGAUACCAAUUUAAUAAGAAAUUCUGAAUAGUAAUUUUAUUAGCAAUUAGUACAUUUGGAUAUUUACUUGUAAGAGGACUUUUUGGCGCCCACAUUUGGAUUACUACAUGUGCGCUGAAUCUUCAUCAAUCUUCAUUCUCGCCUCGUCAGCAGCUGGCAGCAGCAGUGUGAUGCUUACCAAUCAGUGGUGGUAGUCCGUCGCUGUAGCAGCAACGAAAGCAGGCACUUACCCGGCGCAUAGAAGAGCCGUUUUAGCUUUUUCGUGAAUUUGCGCUUGUUUGGCUGUGUGUUCAAUAGCGAGCAACAAUGUCACCAGUGCCUGGAGCCACGUCAGUGGUGGGCACCGCACCAGCACAUACACCAUCAAUAGCCGCAUCAACAACAACAACAUGUACAAUGUCAGCGCCCAACCGCGGCCCAGCAGUGUCCUCGCAACAACAGAGCUCACCUUCUGCUUCACAACAUGCCAGUGGCAAUGGCAAUAUGGCCAGUAAGAAGAACCAUUAUAACAACAAUAACAACAACAUUAAGGCCAGCAACUGUAAAAACAACAACAUUGGCAAAUUUCAACAAGGUCACAAUGGUAACAACAACAAGUUGACAAUACUGCACAGUAAACUUGGUAUGAGCUUAGAAGGGAUGGAAAGUGUGCAUGAAAUGAAGCAGCAGCAGCAGCAGCAACAACAACAAAAGCAAGUGCAUUCGCACAAAAAUACCAACAGUGGCAUGAAGGCUAAAACCCAUGAUAUGCAAAAACAAACAACAAAAACGACAAAAAUGCCCUUCACCCAUGCCACCACCCCGACUACGGUUAAUGGUACAGCUUCCAAAAUCCUGAUUACAGAGCAAUUCUCCUCGCCGCUUAGUAGUGUUGUUGGCAAGUCAUCGCCACCGUCGUCUGCGCAAACUAAUUGCAGCACUAAAUCACCGACUACGACGGCGACGCCAUCCACCACCGCUGCAACGUCGUCCACGUCGUUAGCUGCAGAUCCGUUGGCCUUACCGGUCAUCACUUGUAAUGGUGUCACUUCAACACCAGCAGCAGACGCAACACUUGAAAAAAGAACAGUAAAUUCGACUAUAAAUCAAGAGAGUGUGGAAAUAAAGGAGGAAUGCGAUCCACAAGUGAUCGUUAAGGUGGAGGAAACAUCUCCAACAACAACAAAAACAACAGCAUCAACACCGAACCACCCAACAACAGCGAUUCCAACAAUUACAACAAAUCGUAAGGACACAGCUGCGCCGCCGGCGGAAACAAAAAACAAAAGCGCUGGCCCACUCAUCUCCGCCGACGAUGCGACGGCGGAUAAUCUGAUUGUGGAUAAGCCGCGUAAAGUACUGUUGAGCGUUAUGAAUCCGCAUAUAAUUUGUCACUUGUGCAAUGGUUAUCUCAUCGACGCCACAACUAUUGUCGAGUGCCUGCAUUCUUUUUGUCAUAGUUGCCUCAUCAAACAUUUACGGACGGAGCAGUACUGCCCACGCUGUGAGAUGAUGAUAAACACGGCCAAGCCAAAUAUCAAACCUGAUACCACUUUGCAAGCCAUCAUCUAUAAACUUGUGCCAGGUCUAUACGAGAGAGAACUAAUGCGCAAACGGGCUUUCUACAAAGAUCGUCCAGAAGAGGCUGCUAUGGCAACGCCUGAGCAACGAGGUGAAGAUACAGAACAUCUUAUUUUUAGCCCCUCUGACUAUAUGUCAUUGUCACUGGAGUAUGCGGAUACAGACGAACUCGCCCGUCAAAACAGUGAAUAUGGUGAAUUGCUAAAGCCACGCUACCUGCAGUGUCCCGCCAUGUGCACUGUUGGCCAUUUGAAGAAGUUCGUGCAUGGGAAAUUCGAUAUUGAUGCACAACGUUUCAACAUUGACAUCAUGUACAAAGUGAAGACCAUCGUUCUGCUCGAUCACUACACGCUCAUGGAUGUCGCCUAUAUUUACACAUGGAAGCGUGAUGCGCCUAUGCGCUUUUAUUUCCGAGUCAAACGUUGUCUGCGACCCGUUGUAAAGACGCGCAAAGUGGCGGCUAUAAUGUCUGUAGCUGCUCCAGAACCGGUGGAAAUAAAGGACGAAGUUGCUGAUGUACCGAUGACUAAGACAAUCAAUAUACCGAAAAUUACAGAAGCUGUAGUUACACAAACCGACACAUCGGCUGUGCCGGAUGCCAUGACAAUAAUUCCAAAACCUGUUGCGUCGACAUUAAACGCUAAUGAGCCACUUAUAAUAGCGCCGCCUAACAUCAAGGAAGAAGAGAUAGAUGAGAUCGAAGAAACAAAGACGAAGACAAUUGUUGAAGUAGUGACGAAACCAGUGAAGUCGCCGAAAGCUUCAAAAACAUCCUCAGUUAGUUCAAGCACAGAGAGUAAGCGAUCGCAAGCGAACUCUGCGUUGGAUCGUAAAGCCGAGAAGGCGCAGCAAGCACAUCACUCGCACAGCUCGCCUAAAACAUCCAAAGAGAAGCGAGAAGCCAAAGAAGCAUUGAAACAAGCUGCGGAACAUCCGCGGGAUGAACGAAAAGUCGAAAAUAUAAAGCUGAAAAUUGAUUUAUCGAAACAUAACAGCGUCACAAUUAUAAAUAUGUCAGAUCCACAUCGUCGAGAGAUCACAAAGUCCGUGCGUCCCGAAAAGGAGUGGAAACUGAAAAGCAAACGAGAUAAAGAAUCCAGUCCCAAGAAUUCACCGAGUAACGAACGUAAAAGCAGUACUCCUAGUCCACUAACUGUACCCCCUCUGACAAUAAAAGCCGAACAAAUAAGUCCACAAAUGAAAACAAGUCCUUUGGCAAAGAGUAGCUCCAAGUCAACGGAAACGUCUCCCGUGGCUGCGCCAUCAUGUAAUGAUGACGAGCAAAAAUCUCAGUUCCUCAAAUCAUUUGCUUUGACACCGACUAAGAGCGUGAAGAACGAAUCACUCGAGAAGUCUCCGAAGUCGCCAAAAAUAAGCCCCAUACAUAAAGUGGUUACGAAAUCGCCAACAAGCAGCGUCCGCGACCCUCUAAAAAUAGCAAGUGGUACCGUUUUCAAAGGUCCUACCGCGCCGUCCAAGCGUAAGAUUAGGGAGCCUGUUAAGAAUGUGGCCAAGAAGCCAAAAUUGUCGCCUCCACUUCCUGCAGACGAUUUCAAAAUUAAGCUGCCGCCAAGCCCCAUUAGCAACACAUCAAAAACCAGUGUGUCAACUGUUACAAAAUCGGGCUAUGCUUCAAAUGAUAAAGCGCUUAUGGCAGCACCAAAAACAACCAAAACCUUGAAUGCCACAACGUAUGUUGGAACUCCUAUCGCAACAACGUCAACAGGUGCCAAGCCGUCCACCUCUACCACUAACAGUCAAGCAAUUAUGCGUCCACCAAUUGGUGUGCCACCAAAAAAGCCCUCGGGAAAAGUGGGUGCCGCGGUGCAUAAAAUCAAUUCUUUACUACCAACGCAGACAUUCACUCGUGUAGAAAUGGUCCCUCCUGGUAACCGUACACCGAUUGCAAAACGUUACCAACCGAUACUGCCGAAGUCUACUCGCCCCAACCCGUUCGCCAACAUUCCCAGUGACGUCAAUAAGCUAUUGAAGGAUGCGGGUACUGAGAUUAAGUCAAUUGCCAGUAAUGCAAAAUCAUCAGGUAAGGUUUAUGGUCCAAAGACUACUGCAGGCGGCACAACAAUAACUGCAGAAUCCACUAUAAUGGGACCACCGCCCGCACCAGUAACUGGUAAGCAGCAGGGUCAAAAUGUGAAUCAAUCACGUCUCGGUGGGGCGAACAACGCUAAUAAGUCGGGUUCGAAGAAUGGUAAAUCCAAUAACUCGAAUAAUUACUUAAAUCUUGCGCUAUUUAAUGCGUCCAAGACAAAAGGCAAUGAGGUACCACCCGGUUGUCGCACGCCCAUGUAUACACCCAAUUCGCCAAUUUAUUCACCCAGCUCCCCGCAGUAUAUGCCCAAUUACAAUAUUCCCACUGUGCCCACUUACAAGUACACUCCCCGUCCAUCUGGCGGGACCGGCAGCUACUUACAAAGUAUAUUAGGAGGAGGAAACAAUCAAAUGGCCGGGCUAUUUCCGGCGCCUCCAACCAAAAAAGACAAUCCUAAUGUUAAUACAAACUCAAAUUCUACAACUGGAAAUAGCUCACCAUCCCACGGCGGAAACCAAAAGUCGACGGACGGCAGCCAACUGCAGGCGCCCAAGCGUGUUUAUCCUUUCGCGCGCAGCCCCAGCCCCGAAGAUCCGCCAGAAAAGCAACUUAAAGUGAAGUCGCUGCUCAAUUCAUGCAACAUAAACAUUCCGUCAUCGCUAUCAAUUACUAUUACACGCGAGGAUAGCGAAUCGCAGGCAAAUAAUGCUUCACAUCCGAAACACAAAAGCCCUGUAAAUAACUACAUUGAAAUCCUCAAGUUGCCCGAUCAACCAACCGAGGCUGUAGAGCAAAACAAACGGGCUUCGCCACCAGCGCAGAAAUUACCUCCUUCACAUCAUUCAUCGUCGCUUAAACUGCUUAUGCCACCCACAUCGAGUUCGCCUACGAAGCGCGACACCAUGGAGGGUAUGUCUGCCGCUUAUGGAUCCGCGAGCUUGGCACAAAUGUCACAGAAAUCGCAAGGUAGCAUGAAUACGACUUUCGGCAAUGCACAAAGUAAUGUGAGCAAGCCAACAAAUGUAUCCCAAAACUCUACAUCAAAGUCGCCGCAAUUUAACUCUACUCCAGGUCAGACAUUUCAAAAGCACGCGAAUGAUAGUGGACAACAAAAGUCCAAUUUGAAAGUGUGUGAGCCUUUAAAAUCACCGCAAUCGGAGCAGCAUAAGUUGGGCACAGAGAAGAAAUCGCCUAUACAAAGCCCGGAGAAGAAUAUGAACUCGUCGCCAAAUGGCAAGACUACACACAAGUCGCCCAACAGUACCAACGUAAUCGAUGCGAGUAAAAAGUUCCGCCCCAUAUUGCCAAGACAAAACCCGUCAUCGGCCAUUUCUGAAAUCGUGCCACCAAAGGUAACGUCAGCCAAUAUAAUCGGCACCUACUCGGCGCCAAGCGGAGUGGCGGUCAAAGUACACGCCAAUAAAAAGGUCUCGCCGCCUAAGAAAUCACCAGGAGCCCAACAACAACAGCCGCAACCACAAGUCGCGCAUCAACAGCCGAAAAACGGCCAUAGCCCCAACAUGUUGACUGCUGCAAAAGGUGGCACACAGCAGCCGAACAAAUUUCCUUCGCCUGCCCAUCAGUCGUCUUCUAAAUUGACAUCGAACGCUAAAUCCGGUGCUACUCCGCCACCCAUUUCAUCGCCAAACGGCAGUCUUAACAAAAUGAUGCAUCCACCACACCCUGGUAUGCCCAUGCCCACAGGAAUGCCAUCCCUGCCGAGCUUGCCCUCCAUGCAAAACCUGCCACCCACUGCGCUUCAAGUGGCCGCUUUAGCAGCAGGACUACCCGGUAUGCCUUCACAUUUGGGCGGCGUGUCCACUGCCGACAUCAGCAAGCUAUUACGCGCUCAGGUCCAGGCAGCAGCGGCCGCCGCACAGCCCGGGAGCAUGUUCUAUCCGUAUGCGAAUGCGCAACAGCUAAGUCACCACUACAGCUACCAACAGGCAUUCAUGUUAGAUCAGUUCUCACGAAUGCAGCGCGCCGAGGCAAUAAAUGACUUCAUGAACAAACUGAAGAAUGGUCCGCCUGAGAAAACGUUGGAGAAUAUUCCCAAUGUAGGUAGCGGCAAAGCAGCUACUGCCACAGCUCCGAGAGCAUCGCCAGGAGCAAUAGGUAGCGGCAAUGCGGCUUCAAAAUCGAACACCGUCAACACUAGUACAACUUCAGCUGCUGCCAGUAAUAGCAAUAGCUCUAACGGCACAAAUGCGACCAAGGCCAAAUGAAAGUGAAUGCGUAGGUGAAGAUGGCGAUGUGGCAAAUGAUUAGAGCAGCGCUUUUGAAAUUGAAUUCCGUGUGCAUUUGCUAACUUUACUAAUCAUUGUCAUCAUUUAAAAUGAAGUAAUAUAUUUUUUUGUUUUUUUGCUAUUUAUGUAUAUGUAAGAUUAAGAAUUAGAAAUUUAAUAUUAAUAUUAUCAGUAAGUUGAAAUUUGUUUAUGUUUAAUUGGUUCUUGUUUUCGUUAUUUACUAUAGUCGCUUAUUUAUAAUUGAAAGCUUCUUGUUAGUUCCGUAACCACCGUUUUCGCUAACGAAAAUUAAAACAGAAAGUAUACAAUGUAAAGAAUGAUUAGCCGUAAGCCUCAGUGUAAAAUAAAUUAAUAGUUAUGUUAUUUCCACCUUAAGACUACCAGCUACCCUGUCCCCGUCCCUGACUGAAGAUUCACAAAGAAAAGUGAUUUGUAUUUUUAUAAAAAUGUGUGCAUACAUAUAACACACAAAUACAUACAUAAAUACUAUUUUUAGAAUUGCGAAGAACUAUAAAUAUGUGUAUACAUACAUAUGUAUGUGUGUGUGUUAAAUACAAAAUUUAUCAAAUUUAUCAGUAGUUUUAAGUGUAAAAAGAAACCUAUUUUCGUAUGGAUGCGGAACUGGAUGAAUUUCAAUAAAUGAAUUAAAUUA